AUGUCUGGUCUCGAAGGCAUCGCGGCCCUCGGCCUCGCAUGCAACAUCCUCCAGUUGAUCGGCACUGUCGCUGAUUCUAUCACUGUCGCUAAGAACAUGCUCAAAUCGGGCACAAUUGACCCUGCCUUGGAACGCCGAAAUGACGAGCUGACGAAGCUUUUCCAAGACGUGAAAGGGUCUUUGAGCGAGGUGCCUGAACGCGAGGAUGAUAGGGAGCUUCGAGACGUGGCAGGACACAUUUUGAAGACAGCCGCUGAAUUGAAGAUCGAAUUGGCGAAAAUAUCGGGUGGUUCAUCGCAAGGGUGGGCCCGGAAAGUUAUUGGAGGCAUUAUCAAGGCCAUUUUUAGGCAGAAAAAGCUCGAAAGGUUGGAAGAGAAGGUCUUGGCAUAUCAAAGGGCAUUUGAAUCGCGGCUACUUCUCAGUCUCCGGAGUCGAAUUGACCUCAGCGCCCUCCAGCGCAAAGAUGACUUCAACAGACUUGACAACUCUCUACAAGGCUUCAUCAAAGGUUUAUCGAAUGGCCACACGAAACUUGAAGAUCUUCUCAGAGAUCAAUCCAGCACCCUCCACGAGAUUUCUACCACAAUGCAGGCUGUGGUUCGAAACAUGGACAGUAGAGAAAAACAGGGAUUCUUGUACAGCCUUCGAUACGACACGAUGAACGAACGCUUCAAUCGGAUUGAACUUGCUCACUCUGGAACCUUUGAAUGGAUCUUCAGGCAAGACCCCGAGAGCGACGAAGACACCGACAUCGGAAGUGGCCGUGGUGUCAGAGAAGACAGUGCCGGACGUCAAGGCUCUGGAUAUUGUCCUGACUUUGAUAUUCCUAGCUUUGUUCAAUCCGACACUGACAACAUCUACUGGAUUACCGGGAAACCAGGAUCGGGAAAGAGUACGCUGAUGAAAUUCAUGAUUGACGACCCUCGCAUGCAGAGCCUUCUCAAACAGGUCUUUCCAGCUUGCAUGAGUAUCAUUGCGUCUCACUUCAUUUGGGCUGCUGGUACUUCAGUUCAGAAAAGCCUCAGAGGCAUACUGUCCUCCCUGCUAUUCCAGAUUCUCAGCCAGGACAAAGUAGCGCUGGACAGUUUGGCGUCGCAGUUCCUAAACAAGCCUCAACGGCUAUCUUUGAAUGAUUGGUCCGAGCAUCAACUGAACGAAGCUCUUCAAAUGGUUUGCAGUGAUUCACGGAACGCCGUCUGCGUAUUAAUUGAUGGCCUGGAUGAAAUCGAACCAAGGGAUAUCCAGAAAAUCCUGAAUGUCAUCGAUGAUCUUUCCACGCUACCGUACACGAAGUGUAUCGUGUCCAGCCGGCCCGAAGAGAUAUUCAGUCGCCACUUCACCCGACGAGGAGCUAGAUACUUAAGCAUGCAAAACUUCACGGGAUCAGAUGUCCGACGAUACGCCACGGAAGAAGUCAACCAGUGGAUUGACGACUCUGAACGCCUCAGAGACGUUGUGAACAUCCUUUGCCGCAGGGCAGAAGGGGUGUUCUUGUGGGUGGCUUUGGCAGUCAAAGGCCAACGACUUGGCGCGGUAUACAAGGACGGUCCUGAAUUGCUCGCUCGUCGCCUUGAACAAUUACCGAUGGGUCUCUCUGAGCUCUAUAGCGACAUGUGGAAUCGUCUGAAUGAAGACAAGGACAUCUACGGGGAGCAGGGCGCCAAGUAUUUGAACCAGAUGAUGGAAAUGACACCGUUUGGAGACCACUUAUGCAUGGCUUUUGCAACACAACCUGCACUUGUUCGGAAGUCCUUUCAGCCCUCCAGUCUUGCUUUCCUGGAUGAAUUGGAAGACAUUCUGGAAGAUCUUGUUGUAUGGAUAAGAGUCCGAACGGCGGGCUUGAUCGAGACCGAAACCGGCGGGUACCCUAGAGAGAUCGAAUUCGUGCACAGAUCUGCGGUCGAAUUCUUGGAAAACACCGCUAAAGGGUUGGAGAUUACUAGUUUGGACAAGACAACUCUAGCAGAGCGAAGAUUCCUGGGGACAAUCACCGACUUCUGCACUUACCAAGAUAUCGCCCUGCAGACGGAAGUUUGUGGAACCAUCCUCCAGGACGCCUCAUCUGACUACCACGCUUUGUUCAAGAUUCCAUGGUACAAUCAAGUGGGGGAAAGGGCCCAUUCACUUGUUCGUACAACAUAUAAUGAUCAUGAUCAUAUCUUUGAGCAUCGUGAAGAGUUCAACAUCUACGUUGAGAUGCCUAUCACUUUACUGGUCAAGUUCCAUAAUGAUAGGAUUUCAUCAGAGGCUCUUUCGGUCGAAUCAUACGAAGACCUCCUCUUGCAUCAACACCCGGCAACAACCAAAGAAACCCCAAUGGCACUCGUCAUUCAAUCCUGGGUAGACAUGUCGUACCAAUUGAAGGCUUUUAGUACAGCUCCCGAGCAAUACUUUCUCUUGGAGGAUGAGGAGGACAAGCACCUCGUCAUGGUCGUCAUGGUCCGCGGCGAAAUAUUUUGA